AUCUAAGUUUUGUUGUUUUUUUGUCGUCUACAGUGCUACACCAAAGUGGCGUGCUGAUGAAUAAACAUAUGAAUCGCUGCGGCAGUCGCCGAUGUCAUCGUCAUCAUCCCACUCUCUUUGUUUCAAUAUUUCGACGAUUGCAACGAUUCGUGCUGCCAUUAAUCGCCGGAUCAUCAUCGCGGUCGGGCGUCCUCGCUCAACAAACUGACCAAUAAAUAAUAGAUAUCGCGAGCAUUUUGUGUGUUGUUGUGAUUAUUGCUACUGCUGCUGGCUGUUGUUGUCCUUGCCGGUCGAACGCGCGCUUGCUCACGGACGUUUUCCGCGUUUUUCACAACGCAACGCGAUUUAUUUUGUGAUUCACAUGUAUACACCCGCUAUAAUCAUGCCGAAAUAAUUGGUUAAUAAAAAAAAACGAUUGUGUGUUCCUGAUAAACAUUGAUUGUGUAAAGUUUAGUGUAUUUUUGUCUGGUGGCUGCACCAAAUCCCAAAGCAAUGUUGAAGCUGUACUAUUUAAGUAUUUUCAUUAUUUUACAUUGUGCAAACGGUGGUAAAGUUAGUAAUCCUAAAGAAGAUAUAAUCCAUUUUCCCGGAAAAGCGUCGGUUGACAAGUUCGAUGUCUCAGCAGCAAUAAAAACCGACUGUAUUGCUGGAUUUUGCUCUAAUGUAGAAAACUACCCUAAGCAAGACGUGGAGAAGCUAGUCGAAAACAAUCCUUCGGUGAAAGCAUUCUUCGAAAACGAUUUCACACCAGAGAUAUCCCAACGCGGGCAAUUUGAUAGCGCCGACCUUGAAGAAACGCUCUGCGAGGCGAACGUGCGAUGGAGUGCCCCGGAGGCGGCUAACAACACCGACAAUGUAACUCGGCUCAUUGUCCAGCGAGAUGUUAAACAAUUUGUUUACAUCGAGCAAUGCAAUAAAAGUGCGUCUUGUAAGUUCAAGUCGAGUUUCCCCAACAAUUACGAAGUGUACUGCAAGCAAAAGUACAGUUUAAAAAGACUCGCAAUUAUAAGCGACAAUAACACAAUCUAUUGGGACACCUUCGAUGUGCCAUGUUGCUGUGUGUGCGCCCUUAAACGGAUUUAAUAAGCUUGGAACUUGCGCCAGAAGAAUAAAGUGAUACAAAUGCACCAAAAACUAUGCAAUAAAGCAUGUAGAACUGUA